UGCGGCUGCUCCGCCGGCGGAUCAUCACUCUCGGGCUGGGAUGGACGCGGGGCGGGCGGGCCCUGGCGCGCAGAGCCAGGAGUCCGGGCCUCCUGGCUGCUGAGCAUUCCCCAAAGCCUCCCCCUAGCCCUUGCCUUCCUUCCUAGGAGCCUCGCCGACCUCUGCCUCGAGGCUCGGGACUCGGCCCCCGCCCUCUUCUGACUCCCCGGAUCUCCCUCUCCCGCCCGCCCUCGGGAUCGACUAGAUCCCUCCCCCCUCCCUCCCUGAGGAUUCCGGCUGGAUCCCUGCCCCUGCACCGCGGAUUCUGCGCUCCGGGGCCCUGGGCCCCUGGGGAUUGCCGUGGACUCCUCCUCCAGCACCCGAUCCCUUAGGAUCUUCCGCCUGGACCACCUCCUGGUCCCCAGAAGCCGGCCCAGAGAGCCAGUGGAUCUCCAAUCCAGUCCCGUCCCGUGGCUCCCUCCUGGCUCAGCCUUCCCCACUGCGGGGUUCCCUGUACUUGAGCUCCCUCUGACCCCAUACCCCGGCUUUCCUUUUCCUGGGGAUCGACUGGAUCCCGGCCCCGCCCCCCGGGGCUGGGGCGAUCCCCCUCCCCCGCCGGGUGAGGCGCUGCAGGCGGGGGCUGGGCCUGCGGGGCCGCGGGGGCUCAGAGGCCGCCGCCCCCCUUCUGAAGCCCGUCCGCCCCCUACUCGGAGCCCUGGAUGGAGGCACCACGGCCCCAGGGCUGAUCCAGGGAAGUGGGGACUGAGACUUCUAAGUCCCUAGGGAGAGCCUGCCUGGGAGGGAUAGAGGCAGGAAAAGGGGCUCCCUGAGUCUAGGAAGCUGACCCUCCCUCCUCUGACCCUGCCCUGGACACUCAACCACGUCUGCCUCCACCCCCAGCUUGGGUCUCUGCGGAGGGGAAGAGCGCAGUUGGGGGAAGGGGGUCGGGGCUGCCUGCACCUUCUUCUGCCUCCUUCCCCUUCCCCACCCCUUACCCCCUCCAUGGAGAGAAAUAGACUCCUCUGCUGUCCCUUCUAACCCAGGUCCCUACCCGUCCCCCUCCUCCUUCCUUUGCCCCGCCCCCUCCUCCCUCCUGGGGCGAGGGGGGCCUCCCUCCCUCUCCCCCCCUUCUCUCUCUCUCCGAGGGGGGGGCCAGGGGAGGGAGGGGGGGUCCCCCAAUCAGCAUGUGGCUCCUGGCGUUGUGUCUGGUGGGGCUGGCUGGGGCUCAACGGGGAGGAGGGGGUCCCGGCGGCGGUGGCGGCGGCGGCGCCCCGGGCGGCCCAGGCCCGGGCCUCGGCAGCCUCGGGGAGGAGCGCUUCCCGGUGGUGAACACAGCCUACGGGCGAGUGCGCGGUGUGCGGCGCGAGCUCAACAACGAGAUCCUGGGCCCGGUCGUGCAGUUCUUGGGCGUGCCCUACGCCACGCCGCCCUUGGGCGCCCGCCGCUUCCAGCCGCCUGAGGCACCGGCCUCGUGGCCCGGCGUGCGCAACGCCACCACCCUGCCGCCCGCCUGCCCGCAGAACCUGCACGGGGCCCUGCCGGCCAUCAUGCUGCCUGUGUGGUUCACCGACAACUUGGAGGCGGCUGCCACCUACGUGCAGAACCAGAGCGAGGACUGCCUGUACCUCAACCUCUACGUGCCCACUGAGGACGGUCCGCUUACAAAAAAACGUGACGAGGCGACGCUCAAUCCGCCAGACACAGAUAUCCGGGACUCUGGGAAGAAGCCAGUGAUGCUCUUCCUUCACGGAGGCUCCUACAUGGAAGGCACCGGGAACAUGUUUGACGGCUCGGUCCUGGCCGCCUAUGGCAAUGUCAUCGUAGCCACGCUCAACUACCGUCUUGGGGUGCUCGGCUUUCUCAGCACUGGUGAUCAGGCUGCAAAAGGCAACUAUGGGCUCCUGGACCAGAUCCAGGCCCUGCGCUGGCUCAGUGAAAACAUUGCCCACUUUGGAGGUGACCCUGAACGCAUCACCAUCUUUGGGUCCGGCGCAGGGGCCUCCUGUGUCAACCUGCUGAUCCUCUCCCACCAUUCAGAAGGACUGUUCCAGAAGGCCAUUGCUCAGAGUGGCACCGCCAUCUCCAGCUGGUCUGUCAACUACCAGCCGCUCAAGUACACGCGGCUGCUGGCAGCCAAAGUGGGCUGUGACAGGGAGGACAGCACUGAGGCUGUGGAGUGUCUGCGCCGGAAAUCUUCCCGGGAGCUAGUGGAUCAGGAUGUACAGCCUGCCCGCUACCACAUUGCCUUCGGGCCCGUGGUGGACGGCGACGUGGUCCCCGACGACCCCGAGAUCCUCAUGCAACAGGGAGAGUUCCUCAACUACGACAUGCUCAUUGGUGUCAACCAAGGGGAGGGCCUCAAGUUCGUGGAGGACUCCGCAGAGAGCGAGGAUGGCGUGUCCGCCAGCGCCUUCGACUUCACCGUCUCCAAUUUUGUGGACAACUUGUACGGGUACCCAGAGGGCAAGGACGUGCUCCGAGAGACCAUCAAGUUCAUGUACACAGACUGGGCCGACCGGGACAACGGCGAGAUGCGGCGGAAGACCCUGCUGGCGCUCUUCACUGACCACCAGUGGGUGGCCCCGGCUGUGGCCACUGCCAAGCUGCACGCCGACUACCAGUCGCCUGUCUACUUCUACACUUUCUACCACCACUGCCAGGCCGAGGGCCGGCCGGAGUGGGCAGAUGCCGCGCACGGGGAUGAGCUGCCCUACGUCUUCGGUGUGCCCAUGGUGGGGGCCACCGACCUCUUCCCCUGCAACUUCUCCAAGAAUGACGUCAUGCUCAGCGCUGUGGUCAUGACCUACUGGACCAACUUCGCCAAGACUGGUGACCCCAACCAGCCUGUGCCACAGGACACCAAGUUCAUCCACACCAAGCCCAACCGCUUUGAAGAGGUGGUGUGGAGCAAGUUCAACAGCAAGGAAAAGCAGUACCUGCACAUAGGCUUGAAACCGCGCGUGCGCGACAACUACCGUGCCAACAAGGUGGCCUUCUGGCUGGAGCUCGUGCCCCACCUGCACAACCUGCACACAGAGCUCUUCACCACCACCACUCGGCUGCCUCCCUAUGCCACGCGCUGGCCACCCCGCACCCCCGGGCCCGGCACUUCAGGCACACGCCGCCCUCCCCCGCCUGCCACUCUGCCACCUGAGUCUGAUAUUGACCCAGGCCCAAGGGCCUAUGACCGCUUCCCCGGUGACUCGAGGGACUACUCCACGGAGUUAAGCGUCACUGUGGCAGUGGGUGCCUCCCUCCUCUUCCUCAACAUCCUUGCCUUUGCCGCCCUCUACUACAAGCGGGACCGGCGACAGGAGCUGCGGUGCAGGCGGCUUAGCCCGCCAGGAGGCUCAGGCUCAGGGGUGCCUGGUGGGGGCCCCCUGCUUCCCACUGCCGGCCGCGAGCUACCUCCAGAGGAGGAGCUCGUAUCACUGCAGCUGAAGCGGGGUGGUGGUGUUGGGGCAGACCCUGCCGAGGCCCUGCGCCCCGCCUGCCCACCCGACUAUACCCUGGCCUUGCGCCGGGCACCGGACGACGUGCCUCUCUUGGCCCCGGGGGCCCUAACCCUGCUGCCCAGUGGCCUAGGGCCCCCCCCCCCCCCCCCCCCCCCUUCUCUCCACCCCUUUGGGCCCUUCCCACCACCUCCCCCGACCGCUACCAGCCACAACAACACGCUACCCCAUCCCCACUCCACCACUCGGGUAUAGGGGGCGGCUUGGGGAGGUCUACCUCCCUAGCCCUCCCCAGCCCAGGCCACUUGAAGGUAGGGAGGAGGACUUGGCACCGGGCUUUCCCCCUGUGGACUUGUCGAACGUCGUGGAGCAGCGUUAAAGGUGGACACGGGAUUCCUCAGUGGGAUGCGAGAUUUUCCCAUGCAUAGAGGCCCAGUCUCUCCUCUGGACCUGGGCCUUGGAACACCUGGGGGGUGGUUUUU